UGACGCCUCAUUUGCACUUGAUAAAAUGGUAAUCAAUUGUAACUCAAAAGGAUGUAUGAUUCCCUUGUCAUCAUUUAUUCUCUUUUUCGUUUUCCCCUUUUUUUGUUGUAACAGAUAUGAGGAUAUCUAGAUAUUCACGACUACCGAAAAUUUUUUAAAACGGUAGUCUCACCUGGUCUCAAUCUUUUUUUCAGGAGAUGCUUUACUUGCAAAAUGAAACGAAGCAUUAGGAAAAAUUCUUUCUUUGCCAAAUUUCCGAAGCAAUCUCUAGGGCAGCUCAUUAUGCUGAUAUACUUCUGGUCGGUGGACCUAAGCCGUAAGAAGACGACGCGGAUGUUGGCCAUCUCAAACAACCUGGUUUGCAAAGUAUUUCGUGCCUUGGAGGAUAUUUGUUCCGUGGAAUUAGCGACAAAUCCAUUCCUCCCGUUUCCAGCCGGAGGAGCAGCCGUUGUGAAAUGUGACGAGAGUAAAUUUAACCAUAAAGCAAAGUACAACAGAGGAAGACGAGCCCCUGACGUCUGGGUGUUUGGUGUCCUAUACACCGCCACAAGUCCCGCCAAGGGCUUCUAUCAGGUAGUCAGGCGUAGGGAUCGGGCCACUCUUUUGCCAAUUUUGGCUAAGUGCCUCCAACCAGGAAGCACUGUGUAUACAGACGACUGGGGAGCGUAUCGCAAUCUACAAAGACACUUGCCAAAUCGAGUCGCCUGUCAUCGAGUUGUAGUUCACUCGGAAAAUUUUGUGGAUCCCGCAACUGGUAUCCAUACACAAGAAGCCGAGUCGGCGUGGGCCAACUUGAAAAUGCCUCUUAAAGCACGGCGUGGAAUAUCCCGCGAUGACCUCCAGGCCUACCUCGAUGAUAGAAUGUGGAGACAGUGGCGAGGUCUUGACGACAUAAUUGCAAAUUUCUUGCCUGUGGUAGCCUCGCAAUACACCAACUAUACAGUAUAGUAGGCUUCUUUUUGCAGUGUUAUAAAUUAUGGAUAAAGUACUCCAAUAAAGAUCCAUUUGUUUUCUUCAGAGAAAAUUCAAUGUUUCUUUUAUUGCUUCCUUCCAACUCUGAUCCGGAACGACGGAAUAUGACCCCAAAUCCUAAAACACGGAACGGAUAUCAGGGUAUGUCGCAAGAAGUUUGUUCAGAGACUCAAGCACUUGGCUCAUUCAUCCCCCAGAUGAGAACGCGCGUGACUAAAAUGAAGAGUUGUUGUUGUUGUUUUUUUUUUCUUUUAAUGAUUCUUAUGAAUAAUUAUGAACAUUAUACACGAAAGAUAGU